AUGCGCAUACCAGCGCUUUCCUUUUCCAUUUCCCUUCUUCUUACAUUCGCAUCUUUCGUUGAAGGGAACAGCGCAGGAAGCGGCGGAGGGCUAUAUCCACCUGGUCUCUUGCCACUCAUAAAUAGAGCGAAUGCAUUGCUCUCAGCUGGACAAUUUAAUGAGGCUGCAAACGUAUACUCAGAGGCGAUAGAACAAUCUCCAACCGACUACCUCCUUUACUACAAACGGGCUACUGCAUACUUGUCUCUUUCGAGGCACUCAUUAGCAUUGGAUGAUUUUGACAAAGUGCUUAAACUAACGUCAAACACCUUCGACAAUGCCUUUCUCAUGAAAGCCCGUAUUCUUCUCAAAGAAGGCGACUACACUGGUGCACAGACCACCUUGACGACAUACAUCGAUUCACCAUCUACUUCGUCAUCAUCGUCAACAAAGAAAGAAGCCAUAGAACUGCAGUCCAAAGUUCAGGAGGCUUCCAAACUGUACGCCAAAGCACAGAACGAGGCCAAAGCUCAUCUACCUUCUGCUUGCGUCGAAACAACAUCGACACUCUUACGAGAAUAUUCACCUUAUUCGAUACCCAUUCGUUCGUUGCGUGCAGAGUGCUCGUUACUUGCGGGUGAUGUAGACGGAGCGGUUGGCGAUUACACCCGGCUCGCCAGCUUAUUACCUGCGGAGGAGGCGAUGAACACACACGUACUCGUGUUCCGGCUGUCGUACUUCUUUUUGCCUGCACCAGAGGAAGGUGCAGCUGCAUUAAAUCCAUUGAAACAAUGUCUUCACUUCGAUCCCGACAACAAGGUUUGCUUGUCCCUUCAUCGACAGGCCAAGGCGUUCGAGAAGUCGUUCAGUAAGCUGAAUGAUUUGCUUGGGAAGGAAGAUUGGCGCGGUGCGAUAGGAUUGUUGACAGAGUCCGGGAAAGGAAAGGAGAAGGAACUGUUGAAGAAAUUCGACGAGACAAUGGCCUCGAAUACUCUAAGAGAACUACUUCUUAAACCUCCUUCAGGCAAGAAGUCGAAACUCGGUAAAGACCAAGAGAUACCCCUUCCAGAUCCUCGGAAGUUCUCUCCUCGACGACAAACCCUGAUUCGUUCACUAUGUCGUGCAUAUACAAACCUGGCCGCUGGGUCGUCAGGUUCGACGUAUCAGAAUAAGGCCGACGUCUAUUGCUCGGAGCUCUUGGGAAUGUCGGAUUGUGCGGAAGACGUGGACGGAUUAGUUGGCAAGGCACAGUUCCUUAUGGUCUCAGACGAGGAUUCCGACAUAGAAGAAGCCAUUCGGUUGCUUGAGAAGGCCUUUGAGGCUAGUGGAAGGAGUAACCGGGAUAUUCACAAACGCUUGAACGACGCGAAAAAAGCGAUGAAAAUGAGGAAGAGGAAGGAUUACUACAAAGUGUUAGGAGUCAGCAGAGAUGCGGACGAGAAGACCAUCAAGAAGGCCUUCAGGAAGGUAGCCAAGACUGCACACCCGGAUAAGGGAGGAAGUGAACAGAAGAUGGCCGCCGUCAAUGAAGCGUACGAGGUGUUGAGUGAUCCAGAACUUCGAGCACGGUUUGAUGCUGGUGACGAUCCUAACGAUCCCUCCGGAGGAGCGGGUGGAUCGCCAUUUACAUACACCUACUCGGCACCUGGAGGAGGUUUUGGUGGUUUCUCUGGCGGCGAUCAUCCAUUCGCGCAGUUCUUCCAGCAGGGGGGCGGUGGUGGACAAGGAUUCAAGUUCCAUUUCAGCCAUUAG